CAAACCAGUUACCAUUUUCCCCUAAACAAUAUACUAUAAAAUAUAUUAUUCUGUGGGUGAUUACGUUCACGGAUAUGACUUGUCUUGUCCUGAAACUUUAAAGUCUUUGUACUUUUACCGGCGCAGACCGGGGCGCCCGUGGCUCAAGUCCUACCGCCAAAAUUCGAGUCAGAAAGAAGAGUGGCGGGCGGCGUCUUUGCUUGUAAACACGUCCUUCCUCUCUCAAGCUGCGUGUUCGCUUGUAAACACGUCCUUCCUCUCUUCAACCGCCUUGAACACCUUUAAAAAAAGUCAACUGAAAGGACGAGGACCGAGGGACGGCUUUGAAAUGCACAUUAAGUCCAUCAUCAUCGAGGGUUUCAAAUCCUACGCGCACCGGACUGAGAUCAACGGCUUCGACCCGCUCUUCAACGCCAUCACUGGACUGAACGGCAGCGGCAAGUCGAACAUUCUGGACUCCAUAUGUUUCCUCCUGGGCAUCACCAACCUCUCUCACGUUCGCGCCUCCAACCUACAGGACCUGGUCUACAAGAACGGACAGGGCGGCAUCACCAAGGCGACCGUGUCCAUCACCUUUGACAACUCCAACAAGAGCCAGAGUCCUUUGGGCUUUGAGACGCACGACGAGAUCACAGUCACCAGACAGGUUGUCAUCGGCGGCCGGAACAAAUACCUCAUCAAUGGCGUCAACGCGAACAACACCAGAGUGCAGGACCUCUUCUGCUCUGUUGGCCUCAAUGUCAACAACCCACAUUUCCUCAUCAUGCAGGGAAGGAUCACCAAAAUUCUAAACAUGAAGCCACCAGAGAUCUUGUCCAUGAUCGAAGAAGCUGCAGGGACCAGGAUGUACGAGUGUAAAAAGAUUAGUGCCCAGAAGACCAUUGAGAAGAAAGAGGCUAAGCUGAAGGAGAUUCACACUAUUCUUGAUGAAGAAAUUACACCAACUAUGCAGAAACUACAAGAGGAGCGAUCGUCAUACCUGGAGUACCAAAAGCUGAUGCGUGAGAUCCAGCAUCUGUCGCGCUUGUACGUGGCCUGGUUGUUUGUGUGUGCCGAGGAGACCAAGCUGAAGUCUGCAGAGAACCUGAAGGUGAUGCAGGACAACAUUGCCAAGAUGCAGGCCGCCCUGGCCGAGAACGAAGGCAAAGUGCGGGAGCUCUCCGCCCAGAUUGAGCAACUGGAGGCCAAACGAGACCAGGAAGUGAAUGGAGUAUUAAAAUCACUGGAGGAAGCACUGGCUGAUUUGCAGCGUGUGGAUGCCAAAGCUCAGAGUGCCCUGGAUGUGAAGAAACAGAACCUAAAAGAUGAAACCAAGAAGAGGGAGGAUCUUGUCAAGACUAUGCAGGAGGACAAGAAAGUGCUGGUGGUGAAAGAGAAAGAGGUGUCCAAGUUAACGGAGAAACUUCAGGCCCUAAAGGAGGAAGGCCAGAAGGACGGUGCAGACCUGGAGUCCGCAGAGCAGCAUUUUAAAGCCGUGUCUGCUGGCCUGUCUUCCAACGAGGAUGGCGAGGAGGCCACCUUGGCCAGCCAGAUGAUGGCCUGCAAGAAUGACAUGAGCAAGGCCGACACCGAGGCCAAGCAGGCCCUCAUGACGCUGAAGCACACCCAGGCCGAGCUGAACACCAAGAGGGCCGAGGUGAAGAAGAUGGACAGCGGCUACAAGAAAGACAAGGACAGCCUGCAGGCCAUCAGGAGCAGCAAGGAAAAAAUAGAGGCCGAGCUUGCCAAACUCAAAUAUGAAGACGGGAAGGAGGAGAGUCUCCUGGAGAAGAGAAGACAGCUGUCCAGAGAGGUGGCUCUGCUUAAAGAGACUUAUGAGCGCCUGGUAUCUCGCUUCCCAAACCUGCGCUUUGACUACAAGGAUCCUGAACGAGGAUGGGACUGCAGCAAGGUAAAGGGUCUGGUGGCGAACCUGAUCUCAGUGCACGAUGUAACCUAUGCCACCGCCCUGGAAGUGGUAGCCGGAGGACGGCUUUAUAACAUCGUGGUUGACACGGAGGUGACUGGUAAAAAGCUGCUGGACAAGGGAGAGCUGCAGCGGCGAUACACCAUCAUUCCCCUGAACAAUAUCUCCGCGAAGACGCUGACUGACAGAGUUGUCAAGGCUGCCAAGAACCUGGUGGGAGAAGACAAUGUCAACACCGCUCUGUCACUGGUGGGUUACGAGUCGGACCUCCGCAAAGCCAUGGAGUACGUGUUUGGCUCCACCCUGGUGUGCGACACCUUGGACAACGCCAAGAGGGUGGCUUUUGACAAGCAGGUGAUGACCAAGACCGUCACUCUCGGAGGAGACAUCUUUGACCCACAAGGAACUCUGAGUGGAGGAGCCCGCUCACAGAGUGCAUCCGUGCUGACCAGCCUGCAGGAGGUGAAGGAGGUUCAGGGCAAGUUGAAUGAGAAGGAAGCCCAGCUGAGGGACACAGAGCAACAACUGGCCAGCCUGAAAGGAACUGCGGACAAGCACCGCCAGCUGAAGCAGCAGCACGAGCUGAAGGUGGAGGAGGAGCAAAUCUUGCAGGCAAAGCUGCAGCAGAGCUCCUUCCACCAGCAGCAGGAGGAGCUAGAGAGGCUCCACAAAGCCAUUGAGGAGAGCGAGGAGACUCUACGUGUCACCAAGGAUGUACAGAAGCGUGCGGAGGAGAAGUACAAGAUGUUGGAGAAAAAGAUGAAGAAUGCAGAAUCCGAGAGGGAGAAGGAGCUGAAGGCCGCCCAGCAGAAGCUCAACGCCGCCAAGGCCAAAGCAGACGCCUUCAACAAAAAGCUCAAACAGCAGCAGCAGGAGUCUGAUGCCGUGGCCUUGGAGCUGCAGGAGCUGCAGAAAGAGCAGACAGGUUAUGAGCAGCAGCUUGCAGCAGUAGAGCAGGCCACCAAGGCCAUCACGGAGCAGAUCGACAGCAUGGCGUGCACCGUCUCUCAGAACAAGGAAGCUGUGCGGAAGGCCCAGGAGGAACUGUCCAAGCAGAAGGAAGCAAUCAUGGCCCAGUUUAAAGAAAUGAAGGUUAAGAGCAUGGAGGCCAACAAGAUCCGGGAGCAGAACAACGAAGUCCAGCUGAAGAUCAAGGAGCUGGAACACAACAUCAGCAAACACCACAGAGACAGCCAGAGUGCAGCAGAGGAGGUGGCUCGCAUGCUGCAGGAGCACGACUGGAUCCCGGCCGAGCGCCACUUCUUCGGCCAGCCCAACUCUUCCUACGACUUCAAGAGCAACAACCCCCGCGAGGCCGGUCAGCGCCUCAAGAAGCUGCAAGAAACCACCAGCAAGCUGGAGAGGAACGUCAACAAGCGCGCCAUGAACAUGCUCAACGAGGCGGAGGAGAGGUACAACGACCUGAUGAAGAAGAAGAGGAUUGUGGAGAGCGACAAGACCAAGAUCUUGCAGACCAUCGAGGAGCUGGACCAGAAGAAGAACGAGGCUCUCAAUUUGGCCUGGCAGAAGGUCAACAAGGACUUUGGCUCCAUCUUCUCCACCCUGCUGCCAGGGGCCACCGCCAAGCUGGCCCCGCCCCAGGGCUGCGGCGUCCUGGAGGGCCUGGAGUUCCGAGUGGCCCUGGGCAACACUUGGAAGGAGAACCUGUCUGAGCUCAGCGGGGGUCAGAGGUCCCUGGUGGCCCUGUCCCUCAUCCUGGCCAUGCUGCUCUUCAAACCUGCACCCAUCUACAUCCUUGACGAGGUGGACGCCGCCCUGGACCUCUCACACACCCAGAACAUAGGGCAGAUGCUGCGCACACACUUCACGCACUCACAGUUUGUGGUGGUAUCUCUGAAGGACGGCAUGUUCACCAACGCCAACGUGCUCUUCAAGACCAAGUUUGUGGACGGCAUGUCGACCGUGACACGCAGCGCCCUCAGCAACCUGCCCCACAAGACCCAGACUCAUGACCAGGUCUGCUCCAAGAGGAUCAAGUAGACCUUCAACUUUUGUAUCAUACUUGUUUUUAUUAGGUUGCUACUUUCGUGACUUUUAAAUACUGCUUUUAUUAUUUUAUUCAAUAAAUUUUGUUAUGAAAA